GCAUAUCCACACAAGAUUCUCACAGGUCGAAGGUCCAGGAUGCACACCAUCAGGAAAACUUGCGGGCUAGCGGGGUUCCCUAAAAGGGAUGAAAGUGUUCAUGAUGCUUUUGGGGCAGGGCACAGUUCUACAAGCAUAUCAGCGGGCCUUGGCAUGGCUGUUGGGAGGGAUCUACUGGGAAAGAAGAAUAGUGUCAUCUCAGUGAUCGGAGAUGGAGCAAUGACUGCUGGUCAAGCUUAUGAGGCCAUGAACAACGCAGGAUUUCUUGAGGCUAACAUGAUAGUCAUACUGAAUGAUAACAAGCAAGUCUCUUUACCAACUGCCACACUUGAUGGCCCUGCAACCCCAGUUGGAGCACUAAGCGGUGCUUUAAGCAAAAUUCAAGCAAGCACCCAAUUCCGAAAACUCAGAGAAGCCGCAAAAAGCAUCACAAAGCAAAUAGGGGGGCAAACACAUGAAGUUGCAGCGAAGGUAGAUGAGUAUGCAAGAGGAAUGAUCAGUGCGUCCGGAUCUACACUUUUCGAGGAACUCGGUUUAUAUUACAUUGGUCCUGUGGAUGGUCACAACAUUGGAGACCUAGUCAGCAUUUUCCAGAAAGUGAAAGCGACGCCUGCCCCAGGUCCUGUUUUGAUUCACGUUGUGACAGAGAAAGGGAAAGGAUACCCCCCAGCAGAGGCAGCAGCUGAUAAAAUGCAUGGUGUUGUCAAGUUUGACCCAAAAACUGGCCAACAGUUUAAGCCGAAGUCUCCAACACUUUCAUAUACCCAAUACUUUGCUGAAUCCUUGAUAAAGGAAGCUGAAAUGGACAAUAAGAUAAUAGCUAUUCAUGCAGCCAUGGGUGGAGGAACGGGUCUAAAUUAUUUCCAAAAAAGGUUUCCCGAACGCUGCUUUGAUGUGGGGAUAGCUGAACAACACGCUAUUACAUUUGCAGCAGGGUUAGCCACAGAAGGUCUCAAGCCAUUCUGCGCUAUCUAUUCAUCAUUCCUGCAACGUGGCUAUGAUCAGGUGGUGCAUGAUGUAGAUCUUCAGAAACUACCUGUCCGCUUUGCUAUGGAUAGAGCUGGUUUGGUUGGUGCAGAUGGACCAACCCACUGCGGAGCAUUUGAUAUCACAUACAUGGCCUGCUUGCCCAACAUGGUGGUCAUGGCUCCAUCUGAUGAAGCGGAACUGAUGCACAUGGUUGCAACAGCAGCGGCGAUAGAUGACAGACCAAGUUGCUUUAGAUUCCCGAGGGGUAAUGGAACUGGAGUCAUUUUGCCCCCCAGUAACAAAGGAACCCCACUUGAGAUAGGAAAAGGCAGAAUGCUGAUAGAAGGUAGCAGGGUUGCUAUAUUAGGAUACGGUUCUAUAGUUCAACAAUGCCUGCAAGCUGCAAAAGUCCUCCAAAGAGAAGGCGUUUCUGUGACUGUUGCCGAUGCUAGGUUCUGCAAACCGUUGGAUACUACUCUCAUCAAGCAACUAGCCAAGGAACAUGAAAUCCUCAUCACGGUCGAAGAAGGAUCUAUUGGAGGUUUUGGAUCUCACGUGUCACAAUUCCUAAGCUUAGUUGGUAUCUUGGAUGGACCUUUAAAGUGGAGGUCACUGAUGCUUCCCGAUAGAUACAUCGAUCACGGAUCACCCCAAGAUCAGAUUGAAGAAGCAGGACUGUCAUCAAAGCAUAUUGCUGCAACAGUCUUGUCUCUUCUGGACAGGCCAAAAGAAGCUCUUCUGUUCAAGUAAAAUCACAUGGAACGAAAUUCACAUCAUCAGACUAAAACAUAAAUCCUUAUAAGACUUGAAGUUAGCUCUGCAAGUGGAACCUGCAAAAAACUGCCCUUGUAAGCCACUUCAUGAGUACUUCUGAUCUGAAUUAACACCCCCAGUGAGCCCACAUCUUAAUGCCCCUAUAAGUUGUAACUAAAGGAACUAGUACCUUACUUUUUGUACAUUAAUUGAAUGACAAUAAUCACAAAUUAAGAGACCAAUAUGCAGUACACAGGUCACCAAAAUUAUGAUUUUAAGUCAAGCAACAGUAGGCUAAUCUCUAAUAAGAAGCAAAAAUACAAAAAUCUUUGGUUGUGAUCUGAAAUCUGGGACAUGUCAAUCGUUAUCUUGAUGUCAAGUUAUAGUCAGUGUAGUGAUUUUAUCACCAACAUUGACACAAAUAUCAAAGGAUAUUGGUCUAUGAAUUAUGAUUAACCAAACUUGCUGUUGAUUCAAUCAUUUUAAAAAAAUACAACACCCACAGAAGCACGAGAAAUUACAGCUCAAUUCUCUAAGCAUUUCUCUAAGCCAAGGCUGCAGGGACAUGCUUAACAAAUACAAGCCUAUAUCCUUUAGAGAGAGUCCAUUCACAUCUUCAAUGAUUGCAUAGCUUAACCCAACUACUUCCACCAAAAGUUGGCAUAACAUUUACGGAAUUAAGGUAAGUAUGUAAGAAGAAUUUUAUUUUGGCUUAUAUGAAACGUGCUUAUAAGUGUUUAUGAACAUGAUUCCAAACAGGCCAUAAAUAUAAUAAGAGGUUGUCUUGUUAAUCCAUAAGAAAGUUAAAAAUAAAAAACCCAAGUGACACGCAAAUCAAAUUCCAAUUCCAAUAUCUCUUAACAGAUUUCACAUUGAUUAUGAAAGAAAGCAUAUGCAUCUACAUACUACCUCCGGUCCUAAUUAUAAGACCCAAUUGAUUAAUU